AUGUCCAAGACCGUCGUCAUUCUCGGCGCUUCCUUUGCCGGCCUGGCCGUUUCCCAUCGCCUGCUGAAAUACACGAGGCAAACGGAAAAGAAUGUUCGAGUCGUCCUCGUCUCCCCGAACACACACUUCUACUGGAACGUAGCCACCAUCCGCGCCGUCAUCCCCGGCCUCGUCAAAGACGACCAGAUCUUCCACGCCAUCGAACCCGGCUUCUCCCAAUACCCCAAAGAAAACUUCCAAUUCGUCCUCGGCUCCGCCACCGCCGUCAACACGGACGCCAAGACGGCCCGGGUCAAGGCCGCCGACGGCUCCGGCGAGACUACCCUCAACUACGACUACCUCGUCCUCGCGACGGGCGCCCACUCGGCCAACGAUAACGUGCCGUGGAAGGGGCUUUCUAACACCGAGGCCACGAUCAAGCAGCUCCACGACACGGCGGAGAAGGUGCGGGCGGCGAAGCACAUUGUUAUUGCGGGGGCUGGACCGACGGGGUGUGAGACCUCGAGUGAGAUUAAGUAUCAGUAUGGGGCUGACAAGAGUGUUGUUCUUUUGUCUGCCGAUGCGGCGCUUAUGGGCGGGGAUUCUAUCGGCUCGAACAUGGAAUAUGAGAUGAAGAAGCUUGGCGUGGAUGUGAGGAAGAACUCAAGGGUUGAGGGAUCCAAGGUCCUGCCUAGCGGGAAGACCGAAGUCACGCUGGAGGAUGGCACGACUAUUACCACCGAUCUGUACCUUCCCACCAUGGGCCUCAGACCUAACACUGGGUUCCUUGAUGCGAAGCACCUCAACGAGCGAAAGUACGCAGAGGUGGAUGAAUUCUACCAGGUCAAGAAUGCCGAGAAUGUCUGGGCAUGCGGAGAUAUCGUCUCCAAGCCCCGUGCCGGCUUCAUGAUUGCUGAUAAGCAGGCCGCUGGUGUUGCCAAGAACAUUGAGCUCGCCAUCCAGGGCAAGCCACAGAUUCCUGUGAAGCUUUUGCCAUUCGACGCCAUCAUGUGCGCUGCUGGCCGCGAUCGCGGUGUAGGCCGGAUCGGAAGCGUCAAGGUCUUCUCUAUCAUGGCGUGGGCUCUUAAGGGCCGCACUCUGGGCCUCCCCUGGGCGCCCAAAUAUGUUGACGGUACUCAGUGGUAA